CUCCGCCCUUCACUUCGGCUUCUCACUUAUCACGUCUCAGUCGACGACAAGUGAUAGAAAAUACUCUUCGAUUUCACAACAGGGAUAUCAGACGGUGUGAGUUAGGCACAAAGUUUCUUUUCUAGCCGUGACAUGGCUGUUGUGAUGAGGUAGUGCUUGCCUCCAAGUCUUCUCAGCCCACCUCUAUAUUACUCUCUUUACCUCCUGUACUGAAACAUCCUCCAACAGACGUCCUACCAACACAUAGACACCCUUUCUCAGUCAUACUGCUUUAUAUCUUUGUCCACUGCAUGGCCGGAAUCUGCAGGUGAAACCGAUUGCCUCUUUUUACGGAGUUGGGAUUUGUGGAAACGGUGAACAAAAAAGCGACGACGAAGCAGUGGAACGAGGGGGGAAGACGAGCAGAGAUAUUGAGGAAGACAGCGAGGGCUCUUAAGAGAGUGACGAGUGUUUGAACCGUCUGCGAGGAACAAGGGGUUGCUAUGGCAACACAGAACGGUCAUACCAGUGUCCAUGUGUCAGACACACAGACGUGGGAGAGGAACAAGAAAUACACGGUGUACAAAGUGGUGGUGGUUGCUGCGGGCAAGACCUGGUUUAUCUUCAGAAGAUACAAUGAAUUCCACAAACUCUAUGAAAUAUUAAAGAAGAAAUUCCCUGGUGCAGACCUCAAGCUACCGGGUAAGAAGCUCUUCGGGAACAACUUUGACCCAGAAUUCAUCCGGCAGAGAAGGGAAGGCCUCCAUGACUUUAUCCAGAAGAUCAUUAACAAUCAACAGAUUUUACAACAUGGCGAGGUCCAAAACUUCUUGUCGCUCGAUGACCCAAGGAACAACUCUGACAACAGCGUGACAGACGAGAACAACACAGACUUCUUCAGCGAUCCCAAUGAUCCUAACACUAUCUUUCUGGGACCAUCGGCCAAUCCUUCGGCAAGACCAAGUGACUUUGAUUUCUUGAAGGUGAUAGGUAAGGGGAGCUUUGGCAAGGUACUGUUAGCCAAACACAAGAUAGACGGGAAGGUAUAUGCAGUCAAAGUGCUACAGAAGGCGGCCAUUGUCAAAAGGAACGAGGCCAAGCACAUCAUGGCGGAAAGAAGCGUGCUACUCAAGAACCUGAAGCACCCAUUCCUGGUAAGUCUGCACUAUUCCUUUCAGACGGCGGACAAACUCUACUUCGUCCUGGACUACGUCAACGGCGGCGAGCUCUUCUUUCACCUGCAGAGGGAGAAAUCCUUCCCGGAAGUGCGGGCCAAGUUCUACGCGGCAGAGAUCGCCAGUGCCAUCGGAUACCUACAUUCCCUGGAUAUCAUAUACAGAGAUUUGAAGCCUGAGAACAUCCUUCUUGAUCACUAUGGUCAUGUGAGACUAACAGACUUUGGUUUAUGCAAGGAGGGAAUCGCAGCCAAGAAAACUACUUCAACAUUCUGUGGUACACCAGAGUAUCUGGCACCAGAAGUAUUAAGAAAGCAGGAGUAUGACAGGAGUGUGGAUUGGUGGUGUCUUGGUGCUGUCCUCUUUGAGAUGAUGUCAGGAUUGCCCCCAUUUUACAGCAGAGACACGGCUGAGAUGUAUGAUAACAUUCUGAACAAGCCACUCCGAAUGAAGAGCUCCGUUUUCUCACCAAGUGCCAAGAGUCUCCUCGAAGGGCUAUUACACAAGGAAAGAGCCAAGCGACUUGGGGCAGGAGAGAAGGGUUUCAAGACGGUCAAACACCAUGAGUUCUUCUCCUCCAUCAGUUGGUCAGACCUGGAUGCUAAGAAGAUAACCCCUCCCUACAACCCAAGAGUGAGUGAUAACAUGGAUGUUAAGAACAUCGAUCCGGAAUUCGUCAGGGAACCCGUUCCAAAUUCUGUCGGCAAGUCCGUCGACCCCAACACAGUGAGUGCAAGCGUGCAGGAUGCUGACAAUGUCUUUGAAGGCUUCACGUACGUCCCUCCCACCGUCGGAUUAGAUGACCCUUAGGCAUGGUGCGACGAGAACAACCAACGAGUCCCCAUUCAUUGACUUACCUCCUAUUAUUAAUUUGUUUUAAUGUGAAAUGUUUUUAAAGAUUGAAACCAAUUUGACUCUGAAGUUUGCGCUUUGUGCCGAUUCCUACGAUGUAGCGUUGUUGUUUUGGUCAUUAUAAUCAGUGGCUAGUUUUGUUGUCAGGGAGUGAUACACUCAGCUAAAAUCAGUUGAGUCUAUGAAAGUUGUUGACCAACCGAAUUCUCAGAAAUUGAUUUUAUCUCUAAUGAAAUUGAAUUUAGCUUUCACCGAACCACCUCUUGAAGUUGAUUGGUUAAUGCUUUUUGACCCUCAGUUGGGGGAACAGUGAUCAUGCUAAUUCUGAGAUGAAGGUGUUUUAUGACAAAUCUACAGUAUUUGAAGAGUUUUUAUCCUCACUUUAAUAUGUAAAUUGGGAAGAAAGAGAAGAAACUUUGUCAGAUUCCUGCAUGUAAUUCUGGCAGGUCGUGAGAAGAUUAUUUGUAGUUUCGAGUUCAACUCAUGCUAUUAUUGCCAAGUCGAUUAUUUUCUUGCCUUGUAUAGCAUCUUAUUUUGAAAACUCAGAUACUAUAUUUAUAUCUAUACAGACCAAAAAUUUAUAGACAGUUUGAGUUUGAAGUGAUGGUUAUGACCUAUCAUGCAUGGGAUUUGAUUGUUUUGAAAAAAUAGGUAGACUUCCUAGAAUGUUUCAAUUCAGAUUUAUCUGUUACUAAAUCUGUACCGGAUUCAGUAGUUGAAUAUUUCUUUGAUCAUGAAUAUAAGAAUCUAUUUUCACAAGAUGUCAGUGUUGCAUAUCCUUUGUUCAUUCUUCUUCCCUUUCGUCCGUUCUUUCCUUUCUUUACACUAUCUUUUAUCCUUCUUCCUCUCUUAUGUCAUAUUUGACAUGCCGGACAUGUUGAAUUAGUGAAGCAAAACGUGCUGUAUUAGAAAUCUGUAUGUGUGUUUCACAAACUAUAAAUAAAAUUAUUCUUCAGAAAGUAUGAAUGAAUCAUUUCCUCUUAAUCUCUUUCACAUUCAUUCCCAACAUACUUUUUUCUCUAUACAGGAUUUAAACAAUGACACUGUUCCUGUCUUUUGAUGCCGACAAUAAUUCUUCUUGGAAACUCUGAAUUUGAUUUCUGUCUUUUAAUAUCUUUCCACCCCCACAAAUACAUUCAAAACUUUAUUGUUCUUUUGAUUGCUAUAUUAACGAUUUGAUUAAUCUUUUGCCAUUCAGUUUGAUAAUGGUUUAAUGAUAAGCUUUUGUAAAAAAAAAAUUGCGAUUGAGCACGUUGCACUUCACACCAACAUUUUAGAGAGAAAAAUUAUUAUACUCCAGCAUUCUCCAUUCAUAUGUAGCAACCUGUGCCUUCAUACAUGAAAAUUCUCUCUUUUUGUUGCUCAUUUUAAUUCUGGAAAGUUUUUUUGGAGGCUCCAUUAAAUUGGAAUGCGGGAUGGAAAGUGCUUUAAUAAGACAGUGUGUCUCCUUUCUAACUUUGUUCUGUAUAUUGCUUAUCAUACUUAUAAUUCUCUUUUCCUUAAUUUAUACCGUACAAAUUUACAAGUUGAAUAAUAUUUUGUAAGUGGCCCCUUAGAAGGACACAGUAGGAGAAAUAGAAAAGGAACAAAUACAUUACAAAGAUUGAGAGAUUUUUGUAAUUGGAAUGUGAUGUAAAGAGAUAGAUUUACAGAGUAAGAGAUUCAGGGCAUUGUAAAAAAAAUGUAAAUAUGUACAUGAUUCAAUUAGAUGAAAGAAAUAAGAGAAGAAAUACAAUACAAUUGUGAUGUCAAUGUCUUGUAAAUGUAUUCAAAUUCUUAUUUUGGUGCCUAUACAUAUGCAUUCUUGUUGACUAUUGCUUACUAAAGAAUAUUUUAUUUGUUGAAUUUCUGAUGAAUCUUUAUCAUUAUUGCAGCUUUUGUCAUGUGAGUUAUUAUUGGAUUUGUCCUGAAAGCAAGAAACAAGUAAUCUACGGACUUUAUGCAUUCCCAUCAUGCUUUGCCCAGUGACCUCGGAUUCUAUUGAUUAUGAAAAGCUAUUGAAGGUUCUAUGCAUUAAUUCUCUUAUUUUGUUAAGUUUGAUAUAUAUUAUGACAGGGAAUUUUUAAAAUCAAAUUUGGAGAGAAAAAAAUGCAGGGACAUUUGAAUUUCAAGAUUAGCUGUCUUGAUGCUUUUCAAUAUGUAAAAUACAUUCAUUAUCAUUCAAUGUUGACCAGAAUGUUUUAUGUUUGAAUUAGUGGGUUUUUUUCCCGUUACAAGGAAAGAAAAAGAAUGAUUAUUUUACGAACAAAUUAUAUUGAACUGCUGCUUUUAAUUUCCCAUCCCACCUUAAAUGCUAUGUAUAUUUCAAGAAUGAUCAAGAAUAUGUCACUGAAAUUUUCUUUCGCUGUAAAUGCCAUGCGUACUGCCAACUUCAUGCGUGUUUUAGUGCUUCCCUCCCGCCACUUUGAUUUGCUUUCAUUACAGUGUUUCAGAUAUAUUCAGGUUUGCUUGCUUUCUGUUCUCUUCAGGAAUUUUAUUGUUUACUGCCCGUUUAAUGUAUGCAUCAUUGAUAAUAACUUCGGAUGAGUUGUUUUUGAAAUAGUAACAAAUGCAUUGUUUUCAUUUGGAGUUUUCUCACAUAGAUUUAAACCUUUUAAUAUUUUGUUGCAAUAAUGAUGUUUCUUAUUACACCAAAAAAGGUUUUGGUUCAUAGGACAAAUAUAGACAGUAAUAUUAUUUCGACAUUGUCUCUUUUUAUUCCUAUUCUUCUUGUUACAAUCCAUUACCCCGGCAUUGUACAGCGUGCUAGGUUUAGUUUAUUUACAAGUUAUUUCUGUCUUUGAGAAAAACUCAUUUCAAUGAAAUUGUGUGUGUAUGCUAUGCUCUUUUUCCCAGAUCGAUGGUUUGUUUUAUGCCAUAUUUAUGGACAGAGUAAUUCUGUAAAAUGAAUAUACAUACUUCUGAUUUGGCUGCAUUCAUUGAAAUGGAUCGAAAGUUUAAAGAAUACAAAGUUACAUAUUCAUUUCUAUUGUUAUACUGUUUCAGACUUGGGUUCAUAAUUCACAUAUGAUUUCAGCAGUUGUAGGGGAGUGGCAAAAUACGUUUGCGAUCAAUUGCAAAUUUUAUGAUGUGAAUUAACAAUUGAUAUAUAUCAAUUGAUACCAGAUCGAAUUGAUUUUUACUGCUCUUUAUAGAUGAUAAUGUACCAGAUCAUUUGAAUUUCUUCUUGCUUAUGAUUCUUAGAUUAUUUUUAUUUCAGGUUUUGCAAUAACCAGGUGCUGCAUACAAAGUAAAACGCAUGUGUGGAGACAUGACAUUGAUUUUAUUUUAAUUUAUUGCUUAAUCUUCAAUGAUUUGAUUUCAUGUUUUUAAAUUUACAUUUAAAUUAUUUAUGCUUGCAUCAAGUUGAAUCAUGUAGCUUCUAGAAUAGAAAAGUUAUUGGUUUAUUUUAAAACUCAUCAUUUGAUGAAUGUAGUAGAUGUUCCUGUAUAUACAAUGUGGUAUGACAUUGCCUCCAUACUUCUUGAACCUCAAAUGAUAUAAUCCUUCAUGACAAAUCAUGUCAAUAAGAAAUGCGGCCAAAUAAAAAAAAGUAUGCGAAUCUACUUCAUUUGACAUUAACUCAUUAUGACCAGUAUUCUAUACAUUGUCAUUGAUUUGUUGUUAUUAGUAAGUUCCAAGGAAAUAAUUGUAACAUUUACAACAGACCAAUUUAGUUUGAAGGACACCUUAAGAUCUAGAAUGUUUCAUUAGAAAACAACUCAUUUUGUAGACCACGCUCUUUAUAACAAUAUGCUUUUUUUGAGUAGUGCAUGUCAUGUAUUAAGGUAAUUUCUUGGAUGAUAGAAACAAGAUUGUAGAGAUAUUGCCUUUCUAAUGAUUUCCAUAAAUAUCAUCAAAAAGCAUCGGCCAAUCAAAAGCUUGCUUGCUUUAUGAUGAUGGUAAUUUAGAUGACUUGCCAAAAUGAAAUACUGGUAUUGUAACUUUUUCUGUCGAAACUGCUUGCAUGGAAUUGUCUUUGAGUACAAAGUUGUCAUCAAAGAUACAUGUACCUAGUGGGAAUUGUAAGAAUGAUUGCAAAUAUCAAAUCAAAUUUGCUAUGAUGAAUCAAUUUUAUCAAAUGCAAAUUAGUUAUACUUUCUCUUUUAAGAAGACCAACCAGCAUGUCCUUAUUUCAAGUAAGCUAUGUGUGAUUGAAUUAGAGAGCUACAAUUGAAUUGCAAUUGAUUGCUAGUGUUAUUGAAUGCAUACUUACUUGCUGUACGGUAAGCCAAUCAGCAUCAGGUGUGAAUUACUGUGGUUAAUCCUGAUUGGCUAAUCAUGAUUGCAAAUUGUUUUGCAUUCAGGUUGAUGCAAUGAGUAUCUCAUCCAUUUGAAAUCAUGUUUUGUAUGCCUUUCUGGCAUUCAUGCACCUUUUUGAAGGUGAGCAAAUAUCUUUGGGAGAAAAUCCAAAUGUUACAUGUAGUGUCUUUGAUUGUACAAAAAUUAUCAUUGUAUUCAAAUGUCUUUGAAACAAAUUUUUGUACAUAUCUCUCAUUUUAUCUUAUUUUGUAAUUCCAAUUUGCAAUUUAAACAGUAUGCUAGUUAUUGCAAUUGUGUCAUAUGUGACAAAAGCAAGUCAGUAACAUUCAAUGAUCAAUAUAUUUCUGAAUCUUUGUUGUUUUGUGUAAAAAAAAUGCCUCAAUCUCUUAAAGCUUUCUGUUUUAAACAUCUCAUAUUCCUGUACAGUAUAUCAUGAUAAUUCUAUUGAUAAAUCUUGUAUAUAAAAUAUAUAUUAUGCAGUGAUAAUAUCUCAGAUUUGUCAUCUUUUAUGUAUUCUGUAUCUGUCAAGAAUUUGAAGGACAUUAUAAUGAAGUUAUAAAGUACCCCAACCCUUUCAUACCAUGGUCAAUUUUGGGGGGUAUAAUCACCUUCAAUAUCAAAUAUUCAUGGGCAUUUUUUGAAAUUAAUGCAUUUGACAGUAACACUAUUUCAACAAUUUAUUGUAAAGAACUCUUUUCAUUUUGAUUUUAUUUCAAUAUUCCUGUCAUUUUUGGGGGGUUCAGAAUAUUUCUGGAGAUAUAUUUAUUGUGUUUAGGAAUUUUGGUUGAGUUGGAUAGUCAUUUAAUCCAGAUAUUGCUUUCAUGAGAGAAUCAGGGGACAAUAUAUUGUUUGUUAAAUUUUUCAUAAUUAAUGUAAUCGAGGCAUAAACGUAUGCUGAAUGAAUCUUUGUUCCCACAAAUUAUCAUUCAACCCCCGAAAGAAUCAAUUUUUUUGCAAAUGGAUUUUUAAAAGUACCAUGCUACUUUGUAAAAAUAGUAGGUUCGAUCAGGAGCAUUUGGCCAGUUUUCUUUGUCACAAUAAGGCAUGGAAUCUCUUGAACUGCGAUUAUCCACCUGGGACUGGUUAGGCCAAUUUUUUGCUGAUUGGUGACUCUCUGUUAACCAAAAUGACAAAGAUAGCAUAUGACAAAUUUGCUGGAGUAUCAGAAUGAUACCCUUCAUAGCGAUGUCAAUCAAAUUAUCAAUGAGUACCAUGAUGCGCCCAGAUGAAUCUCUUUAGUAGCUGCACUGUCUUAAAUGCAGACUACCAACCUGGCGUGCCUGACCUGUUUUUAAUGAGACACUUUUUGUCCCAACCCAAGUUUUCCAGAUUUUAAGAAAAUGUCUCACUAGUUCUUUGUUUUCAAAUCCAGUAACUGAAAUAACACAGCUGUUAUUUUUUUGAAAGAAUAAGUAAACCUAGCCGACCACGGAACAUGGUCAGUGCGAUGAAUAAAAGAAUUAAUGUGCACAUAUUACACUCUUGAGUAUUAAUUUAAAAAAAAAAGUGGCCCACAAGAAGAUAAAUUGGUAAAAUAUGUAAACUUGGUUGUUUGCUAGUGGUUAAUUAUACAUGCAGUAGUCUGCAGGCACAGACCCUGACACUACAACCAACAAAUGGAUUCUGAGACAAGUCCAGAAUCAGUUAGAAUUUACUUGUACCACACAAUACACAUGUACUUCAAUUUAAGCCCCAGUAGGCUUAAAAAUCAGACUUUAUUAGUGUGUUUCGAGAUGGACCGAGGGAUCGGCAAGCCCGGCGGCAAGCUGUGAUUGUAGGGCCAUUGAUUGUUUUAUCAAGGAAUGGUUUCAAGACGAGACAGAACAGAGCAAUGUAAUAAAUAUUUUUGUAUAAUCCAA